AUGUACUUGGGAGCCGCGAUAUCUCAGGGUCGCUCGGUUCUAAUUCAAUAUACGCGAGCAACCUCGAGCAACCUCGAAAAAGAUUUCGAAGGGUUGAUAAUCGAUUGGGCCGCGGCGGUCGUUGAGGCGUGCUGUCCGCGCAGCGCUAAUUCCGGCGCGACGGUCCCCGCCUACUCGGUGUCGCGUUUACACACAUGUGGGGCUUUAGCGCCGUCUCGCUCGUGCGGCGGCUGCUGUCAAAGCGGUCCGGGCGGUAGCGGCGUCCCUCUCGGCCGCCGGGUAGAGGCGGGCCGCGGCGAGCCCAAUGCCGGCGCGGGGCCCACGGUGCGGCCGCGCGAAUCGUUACGCGGCGCUUUCGCGGCCGCGACACGCCGCAUCCGGCGACUCACUCCGCACUCGCGAAAGCGGCCGAGAGCUACGCGCGAGAGCGAAGAAGUUCGAACGCGGCUCGAUAGAACUCGCACCGGCCCGGAAACGAUCGAACGCACCGGGUCGAACUCGACUCGCGCGCGAACUCUCGCACGCGCUUCCGAUCGAAAUCGCGCGACCGAAAAGUUCGAAGCGGCAAGAGACGUU